GGAACAUAGCCUAAGGCCACCCGAUAUUACGAAAAUUGGUGCUCAUUCUAGCCCAGGGCCUGGAUUCUCGCUCGUCAUACUUGAAUACUGGCCAUCAGGAAUUGGUCUCAAAUACCAUCAGCUUUAUUUGACUCUGUUCGACAUUUACGCGCAAUCAACUUGCCACCCAUUGUAUGACUCUUCAAUGAAUACUCGGUAUAUUCCUGCUUAUUACACGAACAAUCGGGGGCCUGCAUAAUCGGUCAGGUCUACCACUACAACGGUUCAGCUGCUGUCUCAACGCCGGGUUAAUAUCAGGUGACGGCGUGCGACGGUAUAUGGGUAUAUUCUCAUACAUCUCACCACGUGGAUCUCCCGAACUCGAAACGGCAACUUAUUACAACAUCACAGCUAUUAUAACUUAUAAGAGCAAACAUGAGUGGGCUCAUACCAUUAUUACUCCCGGCUUCUGCGGGUAGUAAAUACAGCUUCGGAUCUUCACCUCCUGAGAUGGGUAGGAGGGCAUCACUUGCAACUCUUUCCCUGCACUCAUCUCCACCUCAGUCGCUGGUCCAUCGCCGGCAACAGUCCUUGCCAACUAUCAGGACAUCGAACGUUGGCACCUUCUCCCCGCCGACUUCAAUCCCAACCAUCCCGUCCACCUCUGUAGAGUGGAAGAAGGCUGUAGACGAGGUAAAGCGCAAAUAUCUUAACCGCAAAUACCGAGCAUGCUCGGCAAGGUGUUGUGAGAUUUUAGAUAACGUUAAGGAUACCUCUACAGUCGAGCCUGUCUACCUAAUCUACAUACACUUUUACGCUGCGUCCUCCUUCGAGCUAUGUGCACGGCCUCUAUCGUCUUCAUCAACUUAUCGCACAAGGCUUCUUCGGGAUGCACAAACACAUUAUAACAAGGCUGAGGCAUUGAUUCAAAACACCGAGGAAGGCAUGACGAGGAGGAAAAGAUCCGGCUCGAUAAGUUCUACUACUUCUAGUCCGCAAUCCCCUGGUCUGUCGCCUAGUGUAAGAUCAUCAAUAUCAAGCACAACCUUGUCAUCACCAAGAACGUCGGUGUGCUCAACCGAUGAUGGAAACUUAUCGAAAUCUAUGCAUAAGGCAGGAGUCAAGGCCAAGAAAAAGGUCUCAUUUUCUGGCCUCAAUGAUCUAAUCGAGUUCCAGCCUGAGCCAUAUAUUCGCCCGGACAGCCCUACAUUGGGAUGGGAAGAUGAUUUCUUCCCCCAACAGUGCAACACCUCGAUCCCGAUUUUCCCUGUUCCGAAGAACAAGCCUAUAAUGUCGCUGCCAAUGAUGGGAUCGGAAGAAUCGCCUGAGCCUCAACCGGAAGUGACUGAUCAUGCCAUCACCAAGGAUCAUCAGUCAGCAGCGGAAGAACCGAAUCCUUCAGAGGACAAAUUCGACCUCGACGCCUUUUUACAAACCCGAUCGAGGAAUAAAAUCUCUGCGCAGCUUUCCGCCCUGCGGUCGCAAGUCUGCUUCCACCGCGAUGGCAUCGAUGCUCUCCUUGCCGAACCCGAAGAUGAACCGCCGGCAACGCCUGCUCUUCCGAUAAACCUGGAUAUCUCAACACCCUCGACGCCUGUGGAUUUCAUUCCGCCCCGACUGAUUCGCGCAAAUACCUUACCCAUCGAGGCUGAGUCAGAUCCCGCAACGCCAGGAACACCGUCCAGCCUUCGGGGAAGCUUUGCCAGCUUACUAGGUCUCGACAGCCCUAGGGCGAUUAUCCGACCAGCUUCUGUAGCAUCAAAUGUGCGCUGCACGGACGAGGGCCUCAAGCAGCGAAUCGAGCGCCUUCGUGCCGGAGGCUGGCAACGAAAGCGCUUCGAUAACCGACGGUACGAAGCUCUACGGGAGCAAGUUCUCUGCGAACUGGGAGCGUGAUCACCCACUCAGAGAUUAUAGUACUGUCGGCCCCCCUAUUUUUUUUUCCUAUGUACUUUUUGUUUCCCUUUGUUUGUAAAUUUACGCCCGAUCAUGGUUUGCCUACCUACAAACCUGUGUAUGAAUUCAUGGCAUCUAGAUACCUUUUAGGGAGGGGGGGAGAGAGACCCGGAGUCACGUAUGGCACGUGACGGAACGGAGACUGUAA